AUGUCCAAUAGCGAUUACUACGGCAGCAGCGGCAGCGGCAGCGGCAACAACAACAACAACAACAACGAUAAUGACAACUUUAACAGUAACUCUCAUAACUAUGAAUCCGGUGCUGCUGGAUCCAUUGACGAAGCUCAGACCGGAGAUCGCAGUUUAGGCGGUGAUCUUGCCAAGGCCGCUCUCAAGAAUUACCUCGGUGGAAAUAAGAAUAAUAGCAAUAGUGGCAAUAGUGGCAACAGCGGCUUGAAUGCUGGUGCUAUUGCCGGUCUGGCUUCAUCUUUCCUUGGCUCCGGUGGAAAUAAUAACAAUAAGCAAGACAGCGGUCUUGGUGGCAUGGUUAGUGGAUUACUUGGAGGCAACAGCAAUCACAAUAAUAACAACAACAACAAUAAUAACAAUAACAACAACAACCAUGGCAAUGGCGGCAACGGAGGUUUUGGUGAUAUGGUGAGCGGAUUUUUGGGAGGAAACAAGAAUGACAAUAAGAAUAAUAACAAUAACAAUAACGGCAAUUAUAAUAAUAAUAACAGUAAUAACAAUAAUAAUAACAACGGACACCAUGGUAGCUUCUCUGAUAAGAUCAGUGAUUUCAUGGGUGGUGGCAAGAAACAUGAUAAUGACAACUAUGGUAACAACCAUGGCGGAAACCAAGGUGGCUAUGGUGGAAACAAUAACCAUGGAGGAAACCAAGGUGGCUACGGAGGAAACCAAGGUGGCUACGGUGGAAACAAUAACCAUGGAGGAAACCAAGGUGGCUAUGGUGGAAACAAUAACCAUGGAGGAAACCAAGGUGGCUAUGGUGGAAACAAUAACCAUGGAGGAAACCAAGGUGGCUACGGUGGUAAUCAAGGUGGUUAUGGCGGUGGCCAAGGUGGUUAUGGCGGCAACAACAACAACAACAAUAACAACUGGUAA